AUGGCGAACAAGCGGAACGAAGUCGUCCUGGGAAGUGGUAACUAUUACCACUGGGAGUAUAACAUGAGGAUGACACUGGCAAGGAAGGGUCUUCUAGGGCAUGUCAUGGCAUUCAAUGAUGAGAGUGACGUAACAGAAGCAUGGCUGAUAAACGACGCCAAGGCGCUAGACAUCAUCGCUCAAAGGAUUGAGGUCCAGCACCGAACAAAGAUUCGAUCGGCUACGCGCGCUAUAGGGUCAUGGGGAAAGCUCCGCGAUUUCUACAACCGCUCGACGCUUAACAAUCGUGUGACGAUGACGCGUCAUCUUCACGACUUAGCAAUGAAGAUUGGGACAAGUAUGGCGGAACAUCUAGAUCAUUUCGACGAACUGGUAGUGGGACUCCAGACUACGGAAGAAACGGUGGAUGAGUCGCGCUAG